CUCGCUCUGUUGUUCUUAAUUCCUGUGGCUUCCCUAUUUUUCAUGUUAACGCGUUCAUGGCCUGGAUCCUUCCGCCGAGACUUUAGGGUUACACCGGUGCAACAAACAGCUGAUCAUGCUAUCCAGAUUAGGACUGUUCCUGGCGACACUCUUCACUUGUUUCAGCUGCUGCCUGCUAGGGUGACGCUGGGAGGUAGCUUGCUGCACAACAACCCCCAGUCAUUCUGGUACCUAGGUAUCCACCGUGGUCACUCGUUCUCUGUCUCAGACAAGCUGGGGCCUGAGUCAUUGAAGACAUUCAAUCCAAUCAGGGCGUUGAUACUCGACCUUACUCUGCAGCUCCGAAUGACAUGGAUCAUCUUCUUGGAUCUCUUGUUGCUGAUUCAUUGCGGGAAAUGGUGGUGGCUGGUGAUAGACCUUCGGGCCGCGGCCGUCUUCGAUAACAUAACUACUGAGUGCGUUGGAUUGAUCAAAAUAUCAUGGAUACCCCUACUGAAAGUGAGCGUGGCUCAAUGCACUUUCUAAAUAGUCUUGUCAGUCGUCACCUACAAACAUACUAUUAAAAUGCACUACAGAAAACAAUGGUGAUAUCCAUCUGAAGUUAAUUCCUCUGUUGAAUGUAUGAAAA